GAGUCCGGGAAGCAGAGGUUGGGAUUUCCGUGUCAGAGGAAGAUGCAAAGUCAUGGCCAAAUAGGAGAAUUACGAGGGUCGGGGCAGCACAUGUGAAGAGGGGGAAAGGAGAAGGAUGAGAAUUAGCGAGUUGCUUGUUGAAGGGGACUGCAAAGGAGAAGAGCAGCAGAGGGCGAAGACGAAGGACAAGGACAAGGACAGAGGCAGAAGUUGGGCAGGCCGGGACAGGGGACGAACUGUGGGAGCGUGUGUGCAAGCGAAACGCGAGACGCUUGGAAUGGCCAGAAGAAGUCGGCCCCUGGCUGGUGCAUCGGAGAAAGCGGACGGUGGUGACGGCGAGGACGGGUGGAGAUGGACGAGGGACGGCAAUGACAUGGCGGUUGGGCUGGUUGAAUGGCGAAUGGGCGAAGGAGAAAUGGUGAACGGGCGAAGGUGGAUGGUAAACGGGUGAAUGGUGAAUGGUGAGCGGGUGAAUGGUUAAGACCUGGAGAGGCGGCCUUUUGUGCGUGUCUGCCGGCGUAACGUGCGGGCAAGAGGUCUCGGUUACGAUACAUCGACACGGCGACUUGGGCGAGCGACGAUACUGUAACUUACGUUGCGUAAUUUUUAGGAUUCGUAUCGGUGUGGUCGGUGGGUGGUGGUGGUGCUGCUGCUGGACGAAGGACGCUGGGCGCCAGAGCUCGUCCUGGCUCGUACUGUGCCCACUCCCCUUGCUCCCUCUCCCUUCUCCUUCUUCAGCCUCUGCUUCUUCGUCUU